AAACCACCGACUGUGUACUACAGCAGGACCUGCUCUGACUCUCCGGGACCCCAGAUGAUCAGGAAUGGGAGGAGAUGGAUCAGGCUUGGGGCCCCACACUGGACUUUUGGGGGUAAGACACUGACUAUCUAGAACAUAGUACUGAAGAGUAGUGCUGUUGUGUACUGUACUGUGUCCUGAAAUGACACACCUACUGUGAUUUGGAGUUCCCCACCAACUGGAAUACCCUCCUUGAAGAAUCCGAAGCACUUUCAGAGGGAGAAAAGUCUUCAUUACAAGUUGUUUUCUUGGAAACCUACUCACCUCUGGAUCUUGGCUCUGAUUACCAGGACUGCGCCCUGCAGAGCUGAUAAGCUAAAGGAAGAAAAACAAUACCUGGGAAACCUGAGCUCACCUCUCUGAAACCAUGAACGACGAGGCAGAGAUAGCAGAAGAGAAAGACUGGGGGGAGCUUGAACCCAACUACCCCAUCAAAAUCUUCCUGACAGUCCUUUACAGCCUCAUCCUGGUGACGGGUAUUGUGGGUAAUUCAGUCACUAUCAGAGUGACACAGGUGCUGAAGCGUAAUGGCUACCUGCAGAAGAAUGUGACCGACCACAUGGUCAGCCUGGCGUGCUCGGACUUGCUGGUGCUCAUCAUCGGCAUGCCGGUGGAGCUCUACAGCGCCAUCUGGUUCCCGUUCACGUCAGCUUCAGGCAACGUUUCCUGCAAGAUCUACAACUUCUUGUUCGAGGCUUGCAGCUACGCCACCAUCCUCAACGUUGCCACGCUUAGCUUUGAGCGCUACGUGGCCAUCUGCCACCCGUUUCGCUUCAAAGCCCUGGGCGGGAAACGUACCUCGGGCCUCAUCACCUUCGCCUGGCUGGUGUCCGUGCUCGUGGCCCUCCCGUUGCUGUUUGCCACGGGAACUCAGGGGCACAUCCCCUUCCGAGCCGACACUCCCGCCCAGAAUCUGACCUUCUGUACCAAUCUGAGGGAGCGCUGGGUGAUGUACCGGAGCAGCAUCUUUGUGGCUUUCAUCGUCUACAUGGUCGUGUUGAUCUGCGUGGCCUUCAUGUGCCGCGCCAUGAUCCUCGUGCUUCGGAAGCCUUUAGGAUCCGGAACCGAGGAUGGGGGCCUCAACGGAAUACCACUCAAGAAUGCAAGUUCAAAGGUCAAGACAGCCAGGAAGCAGACCAUCAUUUUUCUUGGUCUCAUUGUGGGAUCCUUGAUGGUGUUCUGGCUUCCCAACCAGAUUCGUCGUCUUAUGACUGCUGCCGUGCCCAAGUCACACUGGACUAUUUCCUUCUUCCGGACCUACGCAACUCUCCACCCUGUGGCCGACACCUUCUUUUACCUCAGCUCUGUCCUCAACCCGUUCCUCUACAACCUGUCCUCCAGACAGUUCAGGGAGGUUUUUGUCCAGGUGCUGCGGUGCCACCUCACCAUCGAACACAUCAACAAGCGGACCGUGCGGAACUCCCACGCUGCCUCUGCACAGUCCUUCCGGCCCCUACUGAUGAAGUCAUUGCGUCGCAACAAGGCUAACCAAUCCAGCAUUGCACAAGAGAACACCCCUCAAACCUUUACAACCUUUCAGCAAAGUGACUCUGGAAUAGCUUCUGAUACUCAAAUGUCUCUCAGCCUGACUGAAGAGUCGGAUUCAAAUCUCAAAAGAAAAACAGAUGUACAAUCAGAGACUGAAGUAUAAUGUGCUGUACAAUUUAAUGCAACACAGUGAAAACAAACCAAGGAUGCUUGUGCUGUGCCAUCAGAAACAAAUACAGAGAUAUUCCUUAUACACAGAAAACACAGUACAAAGUAGGUCAGAAAUUUGACUGACAGAUCAAGCUCAGCUGAAAAUUUGGCACAAUAGCAAGUUUGAUGGGACUCCCCAAAGAGACAUUUAAUGGAAUAUGAAUUAUCAAGUCAGAAAAUGAUUAUACAAAGCUCAAAUGUUCAGUUAAGCAUGAAGACCCCACAGCUUGAUUUAAGGUAAAGGUACCCAGUGGAGUAUUUGGCCACUAGCAGUGCUAUGGAGCACUGUUUUAAUGUACUUCUUGUGCUUUAGUUCUGCAGAGGGCAGAACUGCAAAUGUGUAGUACAACAGCACUGAGCCGGAAGGUGAUUUUGGAGUGGCGGCCUCAGUUGGAACAGCAGGUCAUUUGACAUGCACUGGCCCAAAAAGACAUUAAUUGUCACAAACACCCUCAAAUAACUUUGUAGUUUCAGAUCUUCUGUCUUUAUCUGUGCCUCAAGUGAAUAACUAAUCAGUAUCCAGAUGACGUAAAUGUCCCCAUGUACAUGAGGUUGAUGUUAACUGACAUAUCAAAUAAAGUAUUAGUCAUAUCCUGCCUCUUGUUGUCGGAGAGUUCGUGUGUUAGACACUUGACUGAGGGACAAUAUGACUGAAUAAUGAAUAAGUUCUCUAAAUCAGACGUUGGUUGUUCAUGCCCUGUGGUCUAUGUAAUGACACAUAGGCGCAUUUUCUUUUCUUACACACCCCAUCAUUUGUCAGUGCCUUUCAAAACUGUUCCAAAUCACUGUUGUAAAAAUAAAUCAGUUUCAUGAUGUGACAGCACUAUGGUUACGGUUUAGUUGGUUAAGACAUAUAAUAUCAUGUUUUUGAUUAUAAAUAAACACUUUGUUAAGGUUAGGGGUACAUUGUGGACCUUUUUCGACGUGGUUACAGUAAUAAACAUGUAGUUAAGGUUAGACAUUUUCAUGAUCAUGGUUGAAAGAAACCAACCUUGAAAACAACAUUUCCUUGUUUACUCCUGUCAUUACAGCUGCUAGAGGGCGCUGUCACUUAAACAUCAAGUAGGUAUUCAGUUCUGUUAAUAUAUCCCUGACAUACAAGCUAUAUGGCGUCUCUCGGCUUCUUGCUAUUCCACUCACUGACAGCAGGUGACACUAAAGCCACAAAAAGCUUAGCAAUGCAUGAGCAAAGAUAGGGAAGAAGAAGACUGCUAGCUGAUGUAAACAUGAAUGUAAGCAAUGCGGGUCCCAAAAUCUAAAGAACAAAAUUUUUUGCAAAUGUUUUAUAAGAAAGAAAAAUAUCAUUCAAUCUGUAUGUUAGACUUCAAGGGCACAUACGAUGCUGUUUUGAGAAUAACUCAGAAUCUUAACAUUUCUGUAAGUAAACUCCACGGGGAACCUUUAAGAUUCAGGUCAAAUCUCCAAACUAAGAACUCUUAAAGCAACUGAAUAUCACAUUUUGAUAGACAUCACCAACUUCUUGAAAGUUUAGCUCCUCACAUUACUUUGUGUCAUAAUAUAUUUGGCUCUGAUAUAAUCUCUGUCAACGUAUGCAUACCGAUGCUAUACCAUACAACAUACUCCCUGAUCAUUGGUAACUAGCAUUACUUAAAGGAUAACUUUAGAACUACUUUCAGUGCCAUAAAGUCUCUUUCUACAGUGACUGUUGGGUAAAACACUUUGGCGCAGUCCACGCACUGCACUGCUGCUGUUCGACCUCAAUGCGAACUUUAGUCAUCAGAGAUACAAUGAAGACUGGUUAGUCUGAAACAGGUUUGUGUAUUUCAACAUGCUCUACAUUUCUUUUUUGUGAGCAGACAGCAAUUAAAGAAAUAGUGGAGGAAAGUUUCAGGAUAAAAGCUGAACUUUUUAAUGGCUUCCACUGUGUGUCAUUGGCUGUCACUGUGAUACAAUGAUAUUGUACCUGUGAAAGGCUUGAGGGCUGUAUAGCUGUCUUUAAUAUUAUCAGUGGCACAUAUAUCUUUCUUGAUCCGAUACCUUUUUUCCUGACUGCACUUUUCUCCCCAGACUCCUUUCAACAAAACCAUUGUCAAUAACAUUGUCUUUUUCAGUUCAUAAAUACAGCAAAAUGAUUGUUCCAGGUAACAGUAUUGAUUUAGAAUAAACCAGAGUUAUUUAUUCUGGAGAGCUUAGGCUCAAAAAAUAAAUGAUGGAUCUGAACUUACUAUCUUUCCUGUCUCAUUUUGACCUUGUAGUGUGAGUAAAUAAGACAGAUGAGAGCGAGCCACCUGCUGCCCAACGAAAUAGCCAGAAGCUGUUUCAUCCACGGCACUGUCCUCCAUCUCACCUUUCCCAGCUCCCCUUGAAGCUGCAUCAUGAUCAUGUUUGUGACAUGACACAUGUGAUGAUAAAAUGUUCCCAGUGGUGUAUGGGGUUUUUUGGAGGCAAGCUGCGACAGAAAGCCAGUGAGUCAAGAGAACAAAUACUGUACAAAGCUUUCACACGCCUUAAAGAAUAAUACAUUUAUGAAUUCAUCACUGUCUCAGUUAUUACAGUUCCAGUUCAUGUUGUCUC